AUGAGCAAUCACACUGCAGUGAGCACAUUUCUUCUGUGGGGGUUUUCCAGUUUUCCACAAUUGCGGAAUCUACUCCUUGUUGUGAUUUUCUUCUCCCAUGUGACCAUCCUGGUUGCAAAUGUGUCCAUAAUGGUGGCCAUCAAGCUGAGUCACAACCUUCACACCCCCAUGUACUAUUUCCUCUUUGGCCUGUCCUUUUCAGAAACCUGCACCACUAUGGUAAUCCUCCCCCGCAUGUUAGUGGACUUGCUGUCUGAGAGUAAGACCAUUUCUCUUCCUGAGUGUGCCACACAGAUGUUUUUCUUCUUUGGUUUGGCAGCUAAUAACUGUUUCAUCUUGUCUGCCAUGUCUUACGACCGUUACUCUGCCAUCCACAGCCCACUGCAUUAUCCAGUCUUGAUGACAAGGAAGAUCUGCUUUCAGCUCAUGGUGUCCUCUUGUGUGGUUGGGUUUUUUGUUUCUUUGUGCAUUGUCAUCAUAGUUUUCAACUUGUCUUUUUGCAACUCCAACAUUAUUCAGCACUUUUUUUGUGACAUUGCACCUGUGGUCUCCCUUGCCUGUAAUUAUACUUUUUUUCAGAAAGUGGUUCUCCUUAUAUUCACUUCCUUUGUGUUGGUGGGCAGCUUUAUUUUAAUCAUGAUUUCCUAUGUCUUUAUUGUGUCUAUAGUUGUGAAGAUGCCAUCUGCAAAGGGAAGGUAUAAGACCUUUUCAACUUGCUCUUCUCACUUCACUGUGGUGUUUAUUCAUUAUGGAUUUGCUUGCUUUGUCUAUUUGAGGCCCAAGAACAGUGACUCAUUCAGUGAAGAUACACUGAUGGCUGUGACAUACACAGUGCUGACACCUCUACUUAAUCCCAUCGUUUAUAGUCUAAGGAACAAAGAAAUGAAGACAGCCCUCAGGAAAGUCUUGGGCAGCACCAUUAGGUUUUUUCCCUCAAGUGGUAAAUAG